AUGAGUCAGGAUCGUUCAAACCUUGGGUACUAUAGCACCUACAAUGGUGGCAUGAUCUACAACAACCCCAUGGACAACGACGAUCCACAGAGUGGACAAGUUGUAUAUACACAAGCUUGGUCUCGGAUACCUACCGGUGCGACAGUUCCUCUUGCUGGAGCACGGUGGUCUGGACAAUACCACCGUCGUCACGAGGGAUGGUACGAGCCCGACAUGCUUUCCUCGAGCGAUAUGACCUCGGAGACAAGCGGCUUCGACGAUAGCGCUACGCCAAGUCUACAUAGAUCAGACUCUGGCGACUUUUCUGAAGUUUGGGACCAAGAGCCUCCCUCGAUACCUUUCUCGCCCUUCCAGCCCCCUGCGUCCAGCGGAUUACUCAACAAUAUUGGAAGUGUCUUCAUGCCUCUUCAGCUCCCCGCAUGUGCCACCAGCAACUCAGACGAAACUGUGCAGCAGUUUGAGACACGCCUCUUCUGUGAAGCUUGCCGCGAUAGUAAGGACUACUCACGCGGAUUCCGUGGAGAGCAUGAGCUCGCCCGUCACUACGCACAGAAGCACACCAAGCAUAAGAAGGUGUGGAAGUGUUUUGACCUGAGCCCGGAUCGCUUGAUGCGCAACUGUGAGAGAUGCAAGACUGGCCAUCAGUACGGCACUAGUUAUGGUGGUGCCGAGCACUUCAGAAGGAAGCAUACGGGGAUCUUCGGCAAAGACAUGAUGGAGUUGCUGCGAGGCAAGAACCAACGUUGGGCUUUGAGCAGCAAUCGUCUGAUCGAAGAGGGAUGGCUUCGUCAAGUGUUUGUUCCAGGCGAUGGUGAGCCAUCAACUCAGCAGGAGGAGCAGGUCAUGACUGCCAUUCAUGCGCCGAUGCCUUUUGCUGAAAGCUCGCAGGAGGUGAUGCCGAAUGGCGGAAUGCAGAGGACGCAUCUGCAGCAGCCCUUCAAUCAGCAGCAUGUGCCGAUGCAGGAUGCCAAUCUGGCUUGGACCCAACACCAAUGUACGAUCCAGCCUUAUCACCAGCUGCAUCAUGGUCAGCAACAGGCUCAGCAACAUCAGCAGCAAUGGCACUCAGGUAUGCAUUGA